AUGAGUCGUUUUAUUAUAAAAAACAAAGGUCUUUCAAGAUUCCUAGAAGGAGAAAGCGAAAUAUAUAAAGAUCCGGAUCAUGAGUAUGUUCUUUUAGAUGAUGAUCUCAACUACACUCAUUUUGAUACGUGUUCAGAUAUCUCUUGUGACUCCACUGCUACGAAUACAACAAAAACCAACAACACUAGCGAUUUUUUUGAAAACGACAAAAAGAAUUUUACCUUUACUGAAACAGUAACGAAUUUUAUUCAAGCCUAUACAAAAUCAGAAUCAAAUAGUAGUAACAGUAGUAACGUAGAUAAUAUUAAUAUUGACUGGCUUGAUUCAGAAGUAGAUUUGAUUUCAGAAAUUGAAUCUGUUGAUAAUAGCAAUAUGACUGAUUUCGGAAACGAAGAAGACCAUGAACGGGAAUUACUUGACGAACAUCUCCAUAGACCAAUUACAAAGUCUGCUAAACGAAAUCAGCGAAAGAAGUUAGCUCGAUAUGCCUAUAAGGCGAAGCUUGAGGUUCUGGUGAAUCAGACAAAAGGCAAAGAAGCAACUAUUAUUUCCAAUAACGACACAGACUCAGACUUCCGAAUUGACGAAGAACCUACCAUUAAUCCUAAUAUCCGCGACAAUUCAAAUGAUGGAAAAGCUGAGAUAUUCUACAAUCCAGAAAGGCACAAAACACAAAUAGAGACACGAAAAUCCACAAAAAAAGAUACCGUUAAUUAUAUCCGAUCACAAUGGGUUUCUGAGGAUUUCGACGCUGAGGAUCUUAAAUCAACCAAUUUAUCCCAGCCUUCCACAAUAGUCAGUCCGAGGUCUACAUUCAUCGAAAAAUUCUUAGAAAAAAGAUGUGAAAGGCGAAUUGCAAAUCAAGUUCCUAUUGAUGACAUCUCUUCGAUACCAGCAAAAUAUAUAAAGUUAUUGGAGGCGGAGAUAUUUCAUGAACCCAAUGUCUCAGAAUCAAUACCUCAAAAUCUAUGGAAUGAAUUUGGACAGUGGGCAUGUUUCAAUAAGGAUGGCAUUAAAAAACGUGACAAGAAACUACAGAAAUACUCCCCUCCUAAAUUAGUUCCUCGAGAUUUCUCAAAGUUAAAAAAUCAUCGGCGGAGUCAUCUCGAUUUAGAACCAGAAGAAGAGGAUUACCCGCUCAGUACAAAAGAUCUUGACGGGAUAAUAUCAGGAGAAUGUCAAUUUUUUAAUGUAAAUAUAUCAAAUAAAUAA